AUGACAACAGCAGACCUACUGGUCAUUAUUUUCAAUGUGAUCAUCUAUUACAUGCUUGGAUAUUAUUUACCAUUCUCAUUUCUCGACUACACUCCCAUAUACAGUAUCAAUGAGGUGAUCAACUAUGUGGCCAUUGACUGCUCUGUUUGGCUGACAGUUGCUUUCACUGUGGAUCGCUUUGUCCUCAUUUGUUGUCAAAAGUUCAGAGAGAAGUAUUGUAGGGAGAAGACUGCAGCUGUGAUUAUAGCAACUGUCUGUAUUGUGUUCUGCUUCAAAAACAUGCCCUUGUAUUUUGCUUUUGAACCUGUCUAUGUAAUUAACAAUGUGGAGUGGGGUGCUCAGUUCAAACCAAUUUAUUACACAUUAACAGGAUGGGUGACUUUUGACUGGCUUGAUACAAUUGUAAACCCAUUGUUACCAUACUUUCUCAUUUUACUGCUCAACGCACUGACUGUUCGCCACAUUGUGAUGGCGAAUCGAACCCGCAGAGCACUGCAAGGUCAACACAACACCCAGAACAGCGACGAUCCAGAGAUGCAGAGCCGAAGGAAAUCCAUCAUUUUACUGUUCGCCAUUUCUGGCACUUUCAUCGUGCUGUGGAUGCCAUAUGUUGUAUUUUUCCUCAUUUCCAGAAUUACAGACAAUCAAUACAAUCCUCAUCAGUACACGGAUCCCUUUCUUAUUGCAGAAUAUUCUGCAGAUAUGUUUCAACUGCUGAGCUCCUGUACAAACACAUGUGUUUAUGCAUUGGCUCAAAGUAAAUUCAGAAAAAAAUUGAUAAACAUAAUAACGUAUCCAUUGUCUUCAAUUUUUAAAUAUGUCAAAUAA